GCAGGAAACAGCAACACUUCUUCUCCUCCUCCUCUUUGCACUCCAGGCUCAGCUGCCUCCGCUCCACCACACUUGGUCAGACGUGGCAGGCCAUCAAAAAAUCAACUUGUUCCCACUCCACCUGUUCAAAACACUAUUAAUCUGCUGCCUUCCAAUAAAAGGCUUGGCUUUCAGAGCGGGGGCCAAUAGGAAGGCAUUAAAGCCGUGAGACCCAGGCCAAUCCCAGGCUGCAUUCUAAUGUGGCCUAUCUUUAUCAAGGUGCCACUCCAUUUCCAGAUACUGCUUAUUUAUGAUAUCUGAGGAGAGAGCUGGCAGGAGGCGCACGUCUUUGGGAGAACACUGAAAUCUGUGUCCAGGGGGCUCGCCACCAGACUUCAGAUAUGGGAUUAUCAGAGACCACACUGUGGUUGAGAAGCGGUGAAGGGCGAGAGUGAGUUUAUCAGCUGCUACACCGUUCCUGAUGUGGUAACAACUUUGGCAAACACCGGGACUUUGAUAAAAUUGCAAUUAGUGGUUAAUUAUUUGCAUAUCUGGGGACGGUGGGUGUGAUCCCAGAUCCAGUCAUCGCCCGAGGGUGACAGAACUCCUUGUGGGCCCAUCAGAGGUCUUUUCCUGCCUGGAUCUUAUUGGAUGUGUUACUGAGACCUGGAGGCAGAGUUACAGUACUCCCCAUGGAUCCAAACAUCCAGGGGUCUUUCCUGUUCAACAACAGCCUGAACCAGUUCCCCUCGGACCUCAAGGCACCAGUGUGCCAGUACUCAGUGCCCAACUCUUUCUACAAGCUCAACCCGGCCCUCAACAGCCAGCUGCAGGCGGGGACUCCUCACGGCAUCAGCGACAUCCUAAGCCGCUCCAUGAUGGGGAUGGGAUCCACGGGCACCACCACCCUGCUGUCCGGAUACUCCACCAUGGGAGGGUUCGGGCCCUCCGUCACCGGUUCGUCCAUGUACUACAACCGAGACUACAACUCCAACCUGGGCGGCUUCUCCAAGCCCGGCGCUGAGUGCCCCAUGAAGGGUCGCAGUGUGAGCUGCUGGGCGGAGAGCGGAUGUGACUGGAGAGGAGGGAGGCAGCAGUGCACCAACAGCAGCGGUCCUCUCGGAGAGAUGUCAGGAAGGAAGAAACACACCAGACCAACGUUUAGUGGACACCAGAUAUUCGCUCUGGAGAAAACGUUCGAGCAGACAAAAUACUUGGCCGGGCCCGAGAGAGCAAGACUGGCUUAUUCUCUGGGCAUGACCGAAUCACAGGUCAAGGUGUGGUUUCAGAACCGACGCACCAAGUGGAGGAAGAAGAGCGCAUCCGAGCCGACCUCCACGCAGACCAGCCACGCGGGGCAGAGCGGGGAGGCCUCGGAGAACGAGGUGGAGGACGAGGAGUACAACAAGCCUCUGGAUCCGGACUCUGACGACGACAAGAUCCGACUGCUGCUGCGCAAACACCGCAGGGCUUUCUCCGUGCUGCGCCUCGGGCCACACCAUGUCUGACCUCCACACACACACACACACACACACUUCUCAGCAGACCUGCAUGCUGUAAUAAAAGUUUUGAAUACAAAAUUUAAUGAAUGAGCAUUUAAGCAUGUUCAGGAGAGGUCAUUAACGUGUUCAAUAGAUGACACAGGCUGUAAAAAUGAAGCUGAAAAGACGUUUACUUUUAUAAGUUACUGUAAGAACUGAUCUCCGGCCUGUUUGGUGUUACACUCACAUGUGGAGGGGGGUUGUGUCACACACGGUUUUGUAAAAACAAGAAAAUUAUGUAAAAAAAA